AGGAGCUUUUUAUUUGCAGUGAGUGAGUUAGAUGAUGAUAUCAAUGGAGACUACGGCGGCGCCAUUCUCAUCGGUUGUUCCUUCCAGACAAAAUAUUUCUUCUUCGAUUCGCGUUGCUUCUCCAACUUCUUUGUUCCUCUCCCGCAAGAAUCCUGGCAAAUUUAAAUAUCCGAGAAGCCUCUCCGUCCGCGCAUCUUCUACCUCCGAUUCUGUUGUGACUUUGCUUGACUACGGAGCUGGGAAUGUUCGCAGCAUCCGUAAUGCUCUUCGUCAUCUCGGGUUCAGCAUCAAAGACGUUCAAACGCCAGGUGACAUUCUGAAUGCUGAUCGGCUCAUAUUUCCUGGUGUUGGAGCUUUUGCUCCCGCCAUGGAUGUACUUAACAAAACCGGGAUGGCUGAAGCAUUGUGCACAUAUAUUGAAAAUGACCGUCCAUUUCUAGGCAUAUGUCUUGGGCUACAACUACUUUUCGAGUCUAGUGAGGAGAAUGGACCAGUCAAGGGUCUUGGUGUGAUACCGGGAAUCGUUGGACGCUUUGAUUCUUCUGCUGGUAUAAGAGUACCCCACAUUGGCUGGAAUGCUUUGCAAGUGGGAAAGGAUUCUGAAAUUUUGGAUGAUGUUGGAAAUCGUCAUGUAUAUUUUGUUCAUUCGUACCGCGCCAUUCCGUCAAAUGAAAACAAAGAAUGGAUUUCGUCUACGUGCAACUAUGGUGAUUCCUUUAUAUCUUCCAUUAGAAGGGGAAAUGUGCAUGCAGUCCAAUUCCAUCCCGAGAAAAGCGGGGAGGUGGGGCUUUCUGUUUUAAGAAGGUUCUUGCAUCCAAAAUUACCAGCGACACAGAAGCCAAUGGAAGGGAAGGCUUCAAAACUUGCAAAGAGGGUGAUUGCUUGUCUGGAUGUCAGGAGUAAUGAUAAAGGAGAUCUUGUAGUAACUAAAGGGGACCAAUAUGAUGUGAGAGAGCAAUCUAAUGAAAAUGAGGUUCGAAACCUUGGCAAACCUGUUGAUUUGGCGGGGCAGUAUUACAAAGAUGGUGCAGAUGAGAUUAGCUUUUUAAACAUAACUGGAUUCCGCGAUUUUCCGCUAGGGGAUUUGCCGAUGAUACAGGUGUUGAGGCACACAUCAAAGAAUGUCUUUGUACCACUAACUGUUGGAGGUGGUAUUAGAGAUUUUACAGAUGCUAGCGGCAGGUACUAUUCUAGCUUGGAAGUUGCUGCUGAGUAUUUCAGAUCUGGUGCUGAUAAGAUAUCCAUAGGAAGUGAUGCUGUUUACGCUGCAGAGGAGUUUGUGAAAUCAGGAGCGAAAACAGGGAAGAGUAGUUUAGAACAGAUAUCCAGAGUUUAUGGAAAUCAGGCAGUGGUUGUAAGUAUUGAUCCUCGUAGAGUUUAUGUGAACCAUCCUGAUGAUGUGCCAUACAAAGUCAUCAGAGUAGCUAACCCAGGCCCGAAUGGGGAAGAAUAUGCCUGGUAUCAGUGCACGGUCAGUGGAGGACGAGAAGGUCGGCCUAUUGGAGCGUAUGAGCUUGCUAAAGCGGUUGAAGAACUAGGUGCUGGUGAAAUUCUAUUGAACUGUAUAGACUGUGAUGGUCAAGGAAAAGGAUUUGACAUAGACUUAGUAAAGCUCAUCUCAGAUUCAGUAGGCAUACCGGUGAUCGCAAGCAGUGGAGCAGGCACUCCUGGACACUUUUCCGAGGUGUUUGAGAAGACAAAUGCAUCUGCGGCGCUUGCUGCCGGCAUUUUCCAUCGGAAAGAGGUACCAAUCCAAUCCGUGAAAGAGCACUUAAGAGAGGAGGGCAUAGAAGUUAGGAUCUGAGAAUUUUUGGUCUACGUGUUACCAUUAUUCAUGUCACAUUCACAAGAAGAUCAAAAUCUUUUACAUUCAAUAAGUAAUUAUAAGUCGGAACAAUCGGAGCUCUAGCAGAUCUGAGUGAUUUCUCUUAUAAUUGAUUUCCUUACGUUGAGAGCAUGUUAAUUUCUUGAUUAUUUUCAAGGUAGUAUAUGGAUUUGUGUUUUUUUUCAAAUUGACAGUAAGAAAGUAUACAAGUUUUCAAAAGUAUUUACUUUUCA